GGCAUUCACUAACAAAUAGGAAGUUAUCGCGCUUACUAUCCUUUGCGGCUGAUUGUAGCCGCGAAGGUUGUACAGAAAUGACUUCAGACUAUAAUCCGAUGUAUGACACAACAUUCUCUUGCAUCCGCUUUCCAAUCAACCAUGGAUGCAUCACAUCCUGAAACGAAGUUGAGAUACAGACCUCUCGUCUCUAAAACUGCGAUUCGUUUAGUCAUGAUACAUCCUGGCUCUAGGGAUGAUCUCAUCAGAUGCCACUUGAUUCCGACGAUUGGUGUGAACGAUAAAGAUGUCAUCGUUCGAAAGAACUUGCAUGAUGUCUUGGUGCAGAUCAGGCUCUCUGAGGCUGAGCGGCACAUAUGGAUCGGUGCUUUGAGUAUCAACCAAUCUGAUAUUAAAGAGAGAAAUGCUCAAAUUGAGAUUAUGGGACAGAUCUAUAGCGGUGUUUUAGUUGCCAUUGUAUUGUUAGGCAAUGCGGCAGAGAACAGCGACACUACAUGUAGGGUCCUUAAAGAGAUGGCUGCUCAAACCGUUCUUGAAACGGCUGAUAAAAUGACCUACCAAGAGUUCCCCAAUCAUAUUGAGCUUGUUAAGGUAUUCGAUAGUCUUAAUCAUGAGGAUCGGAAGGCUCUAGUCGCCCUAUUUCAGCGUUCAUACUGGUCGCGUAUCUGGAUUUUACAGAAGCUACAUCUGGCAAAGAGCUACUAAGUGUAUUGUGGCGACAAAUGUAUCACUGUUAGAGACUUUCAAAUAUCCAUCGGGCUUCUUUAAAAUAUGGGCAUUCAUGCUGAAAUGAGUCGCCUGUACUGUAGCGUCAUGUAUAACAGUGCCAUGACUGCGCACACAAUAGGGAGAGACAUGUUCCCCGCA